UGUGGAGUUGAACUCGUGCCAUUGUAGUGACUCAUCUCGGGCAGAGCGCUGGGGCUCCGAGCAAACCAGCGAGCAAGCGAACGGCGUUCGGCGGGGACAGAGAGAGGGAGUGAGAGAGGCGCGGACGGGCAACGCGGGCCCGUCCGGGAGCGGGCGCCGGGGAAGGGGUGCAGGUCCGGGCGCCGCAGCUGUGGCACGGGGAGCGGGGCCACGUCCCUCUCCGCGCCGGCUCAACUGGAACCCCACCGGCCGCGGGCCGGGCGCAGGCUGCCUUCUAGUCAAGUGUCCGAACCGCUCGAAACUCCGGCGGCGAGUCGGCCACAGGAAGUUUAUUCUCAGCUCCUUUUCUAAAAGGAGGAAAUAGAAGUUUCUCCAAGCGGGCAGCCUUUCUUUUCGCCUUUUUUUGCCCUGUCUGAAAUCGGGGGUCCCCAGACGUGGCAGGCUUGACUCGCCGGGCUCCUAUUCUGUUUUACUUUCCAAUUUUUGAUUAAGCCGGCGGUCCGGCCUGAGCUCCGGUUGCGCGCGGGGGCGGGAGGGCGCGCGCAGGGGAGGGACCGAGGGACGCGCGGACUUUUUAGUGGGAGGGACCGGGUGGACAGCCGGACCCGCAGCGCUCAUAGAGCAGGAAAGAAGUGCAGCGCUCGGCGCUCGGGGGUCACUGUUCCCGGGGUGUCGCCGCCGAGGGGGAGAAGCCCGGGACCGAAGACUAGAGCCCGAGGCGCGGCCCGCAGGGAGCCAGCGCUCAGCAGCCGGUGCGCGGCCUCGGCGAGGGCGGGGGAAGAAAAACACCCUGUUUCCUCUCGGGCCCCCACCGCGGAUCAUGUACCAAGAUUAUCCCGGGAACUUUGAUACCUCAUCCCGGGGCAGCAGCGGCUCUCCUGCGCACGCCGAGUCCUACUCCAGUGGCGGCGGCGGCCAGCAGAAAUUCCGGGUAGAUAUGCCUGGCUCAGGCAGCGCCUUCAUCCCCACCAUCAACGCCAUCACGACCAGCCAGGACCUGCAGUGGAUGGUGCAGCCCACGGUGAUCACCUCCAUGUCCAACCCGUACCCCCGUUCGCACCCCUAUAGCCCCCUGCCAGGCCUGGCCUCUGUUCCCGGGCACAUGGCCCUCCCAAGACCUGGCGUGAUCAAGACCAUUGGCACCACCGUGGGCCGCAGGAGGAGAGAUGAGCAGCUGUCCCCUGAAGAGGAGGAGAAGCGUCGAAUCCGGAGGGAGAGGAACAAGCUGGCCGCGGCCAAGUGCCGGAACCGCCGCCGGGAGCUGACAGAGAAGCUGCAGGCGGAGACGGAGGAACUGGAGGAGGAGAAGUCAGGCCUGCAGAAGGAGAUCGCCGAGCUGCAGAAGGAGAAGGAGAAGCUGGAGUUCAUGCUGGUGGCCCACGGGCCUGUGUGCAAGAUCAGCCCCGAGGAGCGCCGGUCGCCCCCGGCCUCCGGGCUGCAGGCCCUGCGCAGUGGGGGCAGUGGAGGGGUAGGCGCCGUGGUGGUGAAGCAGGAGCCCCUGGAAGAGGACAGCCCCUCGUCCUCAUCGGCGGGGCUGGACAAGGCGCAGCGCUCCGUGAUCAAGCCCAUCAGCAUCGCUGGGGGCUUCUACGGGGAGGAGCCCCUGCACACCCCCAUAGUGGUGACCUCCACUCCUGCCAUCACUCCAGGCACCUCGAACCUCGUCUUCACCUACCCCAGCGUCCUGGAGCAGGAGUCUCCAGCGUCGCCCUCUGAGUCCUGCUCCAAGGCUCACCGCAGAAGCAGUAGCAGUGGGGACCAGUCAUCAGACUCCUUGAACUCCCCGACUCUGCUGGCUCUGUAACCCAGCUCCCAGGGGGGUCCUCGUCACUGCCUCCUUCCCAGGGACCAGCACCUUUCAGCACUCCAGGGCCAUGAGGGUAAGAAGGGGACCCUGCCAGAGAGCUUCCUGCUUCUGGGGAGACCCAGGUGGGAUUUGGCGGUGAGGCGUUGGAGGACUUGGAUGAUCUCUUAGAAGUCACGGGACCUCCUCCCUUGUUCAUCUUGCAAAGCAAAUCCUGUUUCUUGAAAAACGUUGGAGAACUUGGUUUGGUGGACCCGGGCAUCUCUCUGGCUUCUGAAGAGCCUGAAGCUGGUGUGGACCGUUCCCGUCCCUUUGUCACGAUAUGUCUCUGGAGUGAUGGUGUCUUUCUCUGCCCCACCAAGCAUGCUCAGUGCCUUUUGGUUUCACCUUCCCACUAUUUGCCCCUUCCUUCCCCCAGUGUCAAUUUCACUUCCUCUUGGUUUUUAUCAAAUUUGCCAUGACAUUUCAUCUGGGUGGUCUGAAUAUUAAAGCUCUUCAUUUCUGGAGAUGGGGCAGCAGGUGACUCUUCUGCUGGGGCUGACUUGUCCAGAAGGGGACAGUCAAUGUGCAAUACAGAACCUUUCCUCCCCUGACACUCCCGGUCCACCACCAUCUCCAGAACCACCAGCAGGGCUCCCUGAGCUCUCAAGGAGAUGCCGCCAUCGCUGGGAGGCUUGGAAGACCCUUCCUCCCCAUCCUCGGAGACGGCUUUUGGAGGAGCGGCUUGGCCAAAAGACAGGGUGUGAGUGAGACAGCCGGGGCACAGAUUGGGUUUGCCAAAUGCCUAAUUACCGGGCCAGGAAUAGUGCCAACAAGCCACAUGGGUGUCUUGAGUAGGACGUCUUCUGUAAUUACUGCCUCGCCGUUCUGCCCCGGACCCUUCUCUCCAGACCAGGGAGGCAUCUCUCCCUAGGAGCCACAAAUCACUCCAAGUCCCUGCCGGCUUUGCCCUCCCCCACCCUGUCUCUCAGGGUGAUGCCACCCACAGAGGUUUAAUGA